ACACACACUCCUUCAAAGGGCACUCUGAAGAACAUCUUGUCAAAUGGAGGAAGAGGAAGGCUACUUGGCACUUAACAUCCAAGCCAGAAAAGAGCAGAGUCCGAUCCCCAUGUCUCUGAAACCAGAUACCCUGCUGAGAUAUCGUUGUUAUCGCUGGAUCAUGACUGGGGCUGGAUGUGUUUUGAUCAGCCUUUUAGUAGGAGCUAUGAUAGCGCUGCGUAUCUAUGCUUUUCAGAGAAGACAAUCUAAGGAUGCUUUUGACACAUCUGUUGACUCUCAGGAGACCACCAAUGGCACAGAAAUUAAGCACAGCCUGGGGAACGCUGUCUCUCCCUUGCAGACCUUUUUGUGUAAGCCAGUCCCAGUUAGCUCAACAGAGACUUUCAGAUGCCACUUUUGUCCUUGAAACUGGUCUUACCAUGAUGGCAAAUGCUACUGGGUUUCAAAAGAAGCAGGGGUUUGGAAGAAAAGCCAGGAAGAAUGCAGAGCCAGAGGUGCUCAGAUGUUGGUGCUAAAGGGACAGGAAGAAAUCACUUUUAUUCAGAGUAUUUCUGAAGAAACACAGUUGCUAUGGAUUGGGUUGAUAGGAACAUUUCCAGCAAGAGAGUGGAUGUGGGUUGAUGGUUCCCCACUGAAUGAAAAACUGCUGCAAGAAUUGGGGCCGCUUUUAGGAAACAGCUGCGGGAUGUUGAACGGGCACAGCGUUAUUGCUGAAGCCUGCACUACUCUCUCCUUGUCGAUUUGUGAGACAGAAGCUCUGGAUGUAAAUAAUCAUUUGGGUUGAAAUUCUGUGUUGGGCGCUCUUCUGCAAAGCUUGGUGUUGG